AUGCCAACAGAUCACGAGGAGCCCUGUGGCCCCAGUCUCAGGUCAUUUUGCCUGAAUGGGGGGAUUUGUUAUGUGAUACCUACUAUUCCCAGCCCAUUCUGUAGGUGCAUUGAGAAUUAUACGGGAGCUCGUUGCGAAGAGGUGUUUCUCCCCAGUGCCAGCAUCCAAAGCAAAAGUAACCUGUCGGCGGCUUUCGUGGCCCUGGUGAUCCUGGUCACGCUCACCAUCACAGCACUCUGCUUUCUGUGCAGGAAGGGCCACCUUCAGAGGGCCAGUUCAGCCCAGUGUGAGAUCAGCCUGGUGGAGAGAACCAAUCCCAGUGCCCACCACAGUCACAGAGAUCACUGACGACACACCCAGUGAAGGACAUUAUUUCCGCCACCUCACACAGGCAGGAAGUGAACCGUAUGGCGGGAGAAGGUCGCCGAGUCUCCUCCCAGCAGCCCUCCUGUUCCCAAGUUCAGCUCUCCCUUUCCCUGUUGAUCUGACAACCACUGGUGGCUUCCCUUGGCGCUUUCCCGACUCAGAGGCUGCGACCGCACAAGCACCACCACAAGGAGGACCAGAGCUGUAAAAUACACCAACAGGCAAUGCCGAAGGCGCCCAACUCUGAUGCUCUUAAAGGACAAUAAAUACAAGUUUAGUUCUUUGACUGCGCGCAGAAUUGUGUUCAGUGACCUCUUGGCAACAGCAAAAUGAAAUGAUUUGGUACAUUAGCAAUUCCUUUUCUUUUGUAUUUUUUGAGACAGGGUAUCACUUUGUAGCCUUGACUAGCCUGGAAGUCAUCAAUGUAGACCAGGCUGGCCCUGCCUCCUCAGAGUACUGGAAUUAAAGGCAUACAAUGCCACACUGAUUCCUCAAAUUUGUUUUUAAAAGACCCCAAGUAAUGAGAACCUGAAAUUUCCAUUUACCCGGGGGAGAAAAGCAAAGUGCCCA